AUGGGUUUACCUACUUCACCUCCUACUACAUCUACUGUUAUAAAUCGUGGUGCAUUAAUUGUUCUUGAAGGAUGUGAAGAUGGUACAACAUCAUUACAAUCUACCAAAUUAUUUGAAAUUUUAAAGAAUGAAGGAUUUAAAGCGGCUUUAUGGAAAUUUCCGGAUGUUUCAACUCCAUCAGGAAUAGCACUUAAAGCGUAUCAAACAAAUGGUCAUCAACCUCAUCCUAAAACUCUUCAUUUACUUGUUUCCGCUCAUUGGUGGGAAUUAAUGCCAAUAAUGAAAGAUCAUUUACUUAAUGGUACCACACUUAUCGUGGAUCGUUAUGUUUAUUCUGCAAUUGCUGCUUCCACUGCUGCAGGAUUAGAUUUGAAUUGGUGUAAAAAUAGUUACGUUCAAUUUAAUAAUAUGGAACAAAAAAGAAUGCAAGAUGCUUUUAAUAGAUUGGCAGAAGUUCAGUGGAAAAUUCUGGACUCUUGUCAAUCGAAUAUAUAUGUUCAUGCUGAAAUUCUCAAAGCUUCAAUUGAAGUUAUUGAAAGAUGUCGUAAAGGUAUCACAUCUACCAAUUACGUUGGUAAUAAUAAUUUGAUGACACAAAAUUCACCUCAAUUUUUACCAUCACCAAUUGGAGCACCUAAUACAUCACAAUCCUAUCACCCUCCUCCUUUAAUUAAUUUAAACGGAAGACAUGAUGGUUUUUCCAGACCUGUUCAUGUGCAAUUGUAA